UCUUAUUUGCAUGUGAAGUUCUACAUACAAAUGAUACUCUCAUUUGCAUGGUGAAGUUCUACAUACAAAUGACACGCUCUCUCUUGUUUGCAUGGUGAUAAUCUACAUACAAAUGAUAGUCUCAUUUGCAUGGUGAUAAUCUACAUACAAAUGAUACUCUCAUUUGCAUAGUGAAGUUCUACAUACAAAUGACACGCUCUCUCUUAUUUGCAUGGUGAUUUUCUACAUACAAAUGAUACUUUUCUUUGCAUGGUGAAGUUCUACAUAUAAAUGGUACUCUUAUUUGCAUGGUGAAGUUCUAUACGAUGAAAGUUCUACAUACAAAUGAGAAGUUCUACAUACAAAUAACGCUGCAUGGCAAAUGAUAUAAGCUUUGUUAGUUUUACAAUGACACUCUCAUAAUUAUAUAUUUGCAUUGACUUGAAACCACUCCCUUUUUCAUCUAUAAGGAAGGGCUCGGAUGAAAAAGGGAAGGUUGGAAUACAAUUAGAACAAACCACUAUAACUACAUAAUGUGUGGGUGUUUAUUCAGCUUUGAUCCCAGACCCCGUCAGAAAUGUAUUUUAUACUCGAGGCUAUAUAGCAACAGAAACAGUACAUGCGUGAGUGGUGGCACGCAAGUUGUUAGGACGUUAACAUUGUGGGAGCGUGACAUUCUUCACGCAUGCCCCUAUAGGACAACUGUAAAUUUAUAGUGAAGGAGGACACAAUUAACAUUAUAGUAUAGACGGACAUUUUAAGUAACAUAUCAACUACGCGUUGGACACGCCCGCUCAUGUGGCAAUCCUUUUUGGUCACAUAAGUGGGCGUGUCCAAUAACGGAGUUAAAAAAAUUACUCUCUCCCCUGAGCCUUUUCUUAGGUGAAAAGGAGUAGUUUCCAGUUUAGCAAAUUAACUAUGCAAAUGCGAGAGUAUCAUUUGUAUGUAGAGCUUCACCAUGCAAAUGAGAGUAUCAUUUGUAUGUAGAACUUCCCCAUGUAAAUGAGAGUAUCAUUUGUAUGUAGAACUUCACCAUGCAGAUGAGAGUAUCAUUUGUAUGUAGAACUUCCCCAUGCAAAUGAGAGUAUCAUUUGUAUGUAGAACUUCACCAUGCAAACAAGAGAGAGCGUGUCAUUUGUAUGUAGAACUUCACCAUGCAAAUGAGAGUAUCAUUUGUAUGUAGAACUUCACCAUGCAAAUAAGAGAGAGCUCGUCAUUUGUAUGUAGAACUUCACUAUGCAAAUGAUUUUAGUACUAAAUAAAAAGAGCUGGAGGUUUUGGCACUGAUCACCCCCCAUACCUGCGGUGCUUUCAUUAUUCUUAGUGUUCUAGUCUUUCAGCGAAAGUUCUGUAGUGAACACUUUACUUUAUUGUAUUAACGAUCUUUACCAUUAUUGAUUUCUGUAGUCACCUUUACCAGUUUUCCGUUAUUAUAUCAUGUUACGUAAUACGCAAUAGAAUUUAAUCACGCAAUGCGCUACUACUUUAUUCAUCUCUUUGUAGUCCUACCGCAUUGCCUCUUUUUGUGAUUUUUACUAUUCUUUUGUUAGCCUCUGUACUUAGACGCACACACCCUGUUUCUGUCUCAUCAUUCAUUUCACUUUAUGUUUGUGGACAAGAAUUUAGAAUGAAAUAUUAUUAGUAACUAAACUACUAAAUUGGUGACCUCGACGUGAUCCAAAUGGUAACUUCUCUCAGCCCAACUCGCCCAAGCUUCUCCCCAGACGUCCCAACAUGACACUGGAAGGCGGAGAACCGGCCCUGCCAGAAGCUGCAGCAACCCUCUCUGCAGUCUCCAUCAAACUACCCCCCUUCUGGCCGGCAGAUCCUGAAGUUUGGUUUGCGCAAGUGGAGGCACAGUUUACCACCAGGCGCAUCACCACUCAGAAGACCAUGUUUGACCAUGUGAUCAGCUCACUCAGCCCCGAAUUUGCUACUGAAGUCCGUGAUCUACUCCUCCGACCUCCCACAGACAACCCCUACAACACACUCAAGGCAGAACUCAUCAAGAGGACAGCUGCGUCUGCCCAGAGGAAACUUCAACAGCUCAUCAGCGGCGAGGAACUCGGCGACCGAAAGCCUACUCAGCUCCUCCGCAGAAUGCAACAGCUACUGGGUGAUCAACUGGGUGCUGACGCAGACACCAACGCAUUCCUCAAGGAACUGUUCCUGCAAAGACUCCCUGCGAAUGUCCGUAUGGUAAUAGCUUCGGCAGAUGUCACCACAGACCUCGCCAAGCUAGCAGACAUGGCGGACAAGGUACUUGAAGUUGCUACACACCCGAACACUGUCUCUGCAAUACGACACUCGCCAAACAUGGAUGAGGUGGAAAAACUCAAGGAGGAAGUGACACGCCUAGCUGACCUUGUGGCCUCACUUACCUCAACUCACAGCCGUGGUCGCUCCCGAAGCCACUCUAGACAUCGUCGCCCUCGUAGUCCCGCUCCCCUGGACUCUCAACAAGCCCCAGACAAACCCCUCUGCUGGUACCAUCACAAGUUUGGAGAGGAAGCACGAAAAUGCCAGGAACCAUGCAACUGGGGAAACUCUCAGGCCGGACCCUAGUGGCGACAAGUGUCACCGGCCCACCUUAUAGUUGCCUAUUUUUUGUAAGUGAUGCACACACUAAUACACGAUUUUUAGUUGAUACAGGUUCGGAAGUCAGUGUCAUUCCCCCAAACCCCACUGACCGACGACG